AUGCUUUAUAUUCUGGAGGUUGAAGCAUCAGCUACACCUGUGGUUGGAAUGCAAUUUAGUUCUCUCGAACAAGCAUAUGUGUUUUACCAAACAUACGCUAAGUUAGCUGGUUUUUCUACCUGCAAAGGUGGUGAAGUACAGAGUGGUGAUAUAAUCAAAACUAAGUAUUAUGUUUGCUCUAUAGAUGGACAUAAGCCAUUGUUUAUUGAUGAUGCUUAUUCGAAGUCAGAAAAGCCAUACAAUUCAAGGAACAAAGUGACCAUUAGAACUAGGUGCAAAGCUCAACUUAUGAUUUGUUUGGUGGAUGGUAGAUCAUAUACAGUCAAGAAAUUUGUUGAUGGUCAUAAUCAUAAGUUUGUAUGUCCACACGAUAUUCAUAUGUUGCCAGCUUACAGGCAAUUGUCUGAAGUCCAAGUGGAAAUGAUAUGGGAACUAGAUACUCUAAACCUUGGCCCUAUAAAAGCUUUUCAUAUAAUGAGGAAACGAUACGGUGGUUUUGAGAAUGUUGGUGCCAUGGUCGAUAAUUGCAAAAACUUUAGAACUCGAAUUAAUAGCUAUAUAGGAGAAUAUGACGCUAACAUGGUGAUCAAUAGGCUGACUGACAAAAAAGAAUAUUUAGUUGACUUUUCUUUUGAAUAUAUUCUGUUGAUGAGGACAAACGGUUACCCGGUUUGUUCUGGGUCGAUGGUUAUGCAAGCGUAUAAGAUGGUGUUUUUUCCGUUCACUGGGAUUGACAACCACUGUCAAAAUGUAGCCCUUGGAGCUGGGUUGUUGGCAUCGGAGAGCAUUGACUCUUAUAAAUGGCUUCUCAAUUCAUUUGUAAAGUCAUUUGAACGGCAGCCAAAGGUUGUAGUGACAAACCAAGACCCUGCGAUGAAACAGGCCAUCGAGGGUGUUUUUACUACUAGCAGACACAGAUUGUGCAUGUGGCACAUAAUGAAAAAAGUGGCAGAUAAGGUUGGACACGAGUUGUGCAACAAUGAGGAGUUUAAAAAGAAGAUGUGCGAUAUUGUAUGGACCGAUUCCAUUGAGCCAGAAGUAUUUGAGAGACAGUGGAAGUUGGUAAUGAUUGAUUUCGGUCUUACACAAAAUAAAUGGAUUGAUGAUAUGUUUGUGAUGAGAUCCAUGUGGAUUCCGGCUUUUUACUGGCACGAGCCAGUGUCUGGACUUAUGAGAACAACUUCAAGAUCAGAGAGUGAAAACCAUUUUUUUUGCCAGGUGGCUAAUUUACAACUCACUCUUGUAGAGUUUAUGAAUCAUUUUGACGGUUCGAUGGAUGUCCAAAGGUUCAAUCAUAGAAAGAAUGAUCAUAUUUCAAUAUAUACUGAGCCUAAUAAUUGGAGCAAAACUACUUUGAAAGCAGAUGCUGCUAAGAUAUACACCAGGUCUAUAUUCUUCGAUCAGCAGACAGAGAUUUAUGGAACUAUUAGCGAAUGUCUGCCGAUGGACACCAAAAUCGAGGUUGACCAGUUAAGGAUAUCAUUGAAAGACUUUAAAGCUCAUGGAGAAGGGUUUUUAGAGGUCGAUGCUAAGGAUGAGCAAUACAAGGCUAAACAGAUUGCUUGCGAAAUUAUGUAUACAGGGGAGUAUCUGGUUAACAAUUUGAUUACUGACCUUGAUCAGCUCGUUUUAGUCAGGGAUCAAAUGAAGGAGAUUAAAGAAAAAGUGGACCAGAGUCGUAUGCCGCUUGAUCCAAAGUUUGACCGGUUUUCAAAGUUGAUUGGUUAUCAACAACCAGUAACCAAUGCACCUCCUACUGUCUGUUUCUCAACUGGUAUAAGGAACAAAGGUCAUGGCUCGCGUAAGAGGAUUAAAUCAAAGAAGGAACAAAUGAUCAGUCGGAAAGGGAAGAGGACAAGGACAUGUAGUGUAUGCAAUGAAAAAGGUCACAAUAUUCAGACUUACGAGAUACUGAAAGGUAAAAAACAAAAGAAGAUGAAGGGAGUCCAGAUUGAAAAAGAUCUCAGCCACGAAGUCAAUGAAGUCGAAGACGAAGUUGAUGAAGAGGAAGAUGAGUUCGAAUAUUAUAGUGGAAGGAGUGAUGAUAGCAGUGAAGAAGAUGUUUGGGAAGAGAUCGGAGCCCUAGCUCUCAUCGCCAUCACCUUCUUCACCACCAGACUGUUGGACCAAUCACUCACACCUUCCACUUCACACUUCAACCAAUUCCAAUCCGACGUCGUUCGCUUCUCCGGCAACGACGACGGUCCCGUACGGUGGCCCCGCCGUGGAUACGGUGAUGAGAUCGAUCUCAAGAUCUAUGUUUACGAUGACAAUGAAAUUGACGGCGUUAAAGAGCUGUUGUACGGACGUGACGGUAAGAUAACGCCGGAAGCGUGUCUCAAAGGCCAAUGGGGCACUCAAAUAGAUGACUCUGGAUUAGCUUCAUAUGUUGCAGGACAAGUUGACAGGUCUCUUAGUUGGAAAGAUAUGCAGUGGCUCAAAUCAAUAACCCCAUUACCGGGUGGAUUCUCCGUUCUCGGAACUCAGUGGCACAGGUUAAAUACCUGA